AUGCGGUUCCUCGUUUUUGUAGGCGUUUGCCUGCCGCUCAUUUCAGGCUCGCCAGUUGACAACUCUCACUCACAUCUAUCCCCUCGUGUUAUCACCAGCAUUGAGAAGCCGUCUUGUGGUGUGUUAGGCUACAAGACAGACUCUUUUCUUACCAGAACACGGAAAUGCCGUUUGGUCGAUUGUCGGGAGCUUUGCUCUGUCAUUACUGGCUGUCAGAGCUACGCGGAGAGCAGCGCCAGAUGUCUUCUGUUCUCCUCCCCUGUGGCUGAAGGAUUCCAACAAGACCCGGAGUCUCCUUAUACACUUUACGACCUUGGUUGCUCUAUUUCCUUGUCUUCGACCCCUGAAAUUCGACCCGAAGCCACCAGCAGCGCUACUACUGGGCUGUCCACCUCAGGCACAGAUGUCACUGCAACUUCAGAUGCGCAGCCCUCGUCAACGGCAGCUACCUUUACUACAGAACUCAGUACAGAGCUACCUUCUGCAUCGACUUCCCCCUUCAGUGAGCCGAUCACCGCGACCACCACUGGCCUCACUACAGAGGCAGAGAACGCAAGUGCUUCAGUGUCCAGCGAUGUUACCUCAACAGCAAUCGCUCUCAGCGCGAAUACCGAAACGACUACUACAGCAGACGCAACAACCACGACAGUAGACGAGCCUGCCACUACCAGCUCAAGUACACCUACCCUCUAUAUCAUCCGCCUGGUGAACCCAGAUGAGUCUACCUUUGGCUACGUCUCCUCUGCCUUAGACCACAAUCGUCUAUAUGGCUCUAAGGAAGACGCUUUGGAGAUUCAGAUAUCUCCACCUGAGCCAGGUGCCACUUCUCAACUAGAUUUCGUUCAUGCUGAGGUAUUCGGUGGCCUCACGCGCUUAUGUGCCGUUCAGAGUACUCAUAACACAAAUCCCGACUUGGGGCCAGACUCGUCUUUCUACAACUCCCUUUCUGCAUGUACUCCUACCGGACCACUGACAGUAGCAGGCCCUCCUGGUAGUCCGCCAGCCAAUGUUUACCACGCUUGGUCCAACUGGGCUGCACUUAAUCGAUAUACGUUGGCAGCUGAAUCAGCUAUUUGGAACGUCGACCCUGACACUCUUGAGGUCACUGCUUCUUGGAUAAAUACCGACGGAUCCACUCCUCCUAUCACCCUAUUUAUCUCUGAAUCUUCCAACUGGAUUGGUAUGACUGGGAGCUUGUCUGCAAUGCAGGCUGCCUUUUCAGGGCAACCAUACAGACGCAUUAAGUUGGCUCUUGAGCUGAUUUUGUAA